CUUCGUUGAUAUAGUACUAUAGCAUUGGAGGGCCGCGCUAGAUAUCUAGUAGUAGGAUGCGGCAUCGCCUAACAGCUGGUUCAUCCUUGGCCAUGCCUUCAUCCUCACUCCGCAAAUGCGCGCACCGGUGCAUUACUUUAAAGGUUGCUCGACAUACUUAUCGGAGGUUAGGGCCGAUGACACCGCUUAGAUGCUUGCAAGCCCCAACCGCAGUCUUGACUAGCACAUCGACGUCCUUGUGGAGCGGCUCGGAUGAGUUUACUCAUAUAAAUGACCGUCUAGACGCUCCACCGCUUCCGCUGCCAGCGCUCUCGGAGCCGGUCCGCGUUGUAAUUGUGCGCCAUGGGCAAAGCACUUGGAACGCCGAGGGCCGCAUUCAGGGCAGCACAAACUACUCAGAGCUUACUGAAAAGGGCAUAUGUCAAGCGGAAAAGGCUCGUGAGAUGCUGGCCUCCAUGGCCUUCAAUUAUGUGUUCCACAGUCCACUCAAAAGAGCCCAGCAAACGGCCGACAUCAUACUCCAGGGUCGCAUACCGGUAGCGAAUAGCGGUUCGACGGGUGCCACGGGUGCCACGCUAUCGGAAUCCACAAAUGCCAGCAGCCAUGCUGGAAGCGAAGGGUUGCCUCAUUUUCAGCCUCCGCCUCCUCAGCUUGUCACCCUUCCCUCGCUUCGUGAGAUAGACCUCUACUCCUUUCAGGGCUUACUGAAGCACGAGGGAAAGCACUUGUACGGGCAGCAGUACGCGCGAUGGCAGCGGGAGCCGCACGCAUUCGAGAUCGACGGUCAUGCACCCGUCAGGGAGCUCUGGUACCGAGCGUCGCUAGCUUGGCACAGCAUGCUGGAGCCACACACCCCCUCUUCUCCUUCUUCCUCCGCCGCCUCCUCCUCCUCCUCCUUCUCCUCUUCUCCUUCUUCUUCCUCCUCCUCCGCUGCUUCCCCAGCUCCCCGCCAGCUGCUAGUGGUGGCUCACAACGCUGUCAACCAGGCCCUGCUGGCAACCGCACUGGGACUACCGCCGCCGUACUUCAGACGCCUAGCGCAGAAUAACGCGGCGCUGAGCGUGCUGGACUUCUCUCCCGCGCCUGAUGGGGGCUCGCUGCCGGAGGUGACGCUGGCUUGCCUCAAUCAGUCCCCGGACAAUCCCUUCAAGAACCCGGACAAGGUGGUUGCUCACGUGGUGCUCGUCACACCGCCACCGGGGAGGGCAGCUGGCGGGGCGGCAGCGGGAGCACCGGACACGUCACCGGAAGAGUGCGAUGCUGCUGUUGGUGAUGCAGAGGAGAAGACGGAGGAGGCGGCAGCGGGAGGAGGGCUGAGGUCGCUGGCUGCAGUGCUCAGCAAGCUCAAGUUCACGCACGUGCUGGUUGCUCCGUCCUUUUCCAACCACACCCUGGAGCAACUCCUACCGGGCCAACCGCCACCGACGCUGCCGCAGCAGGGGCACAAGGAGCCGCAGCAGGGACAGGGUGCGGAGCAGGAACAGGGGCAGCAGCACCAGCAACAGGAGCACCACGCGGUGACAGUGGCCCUGCUGGACGCCGCUGAGGCCGCCUCCCCACUCGCCUGCUGGCAACAUGCCCUGAAAGCGGUAACAGCACCCGUUACUGACACGACAGUUGCUGCCAAGACGGGGACACGAGCAGCGGGGGCAGGGCCCGCAGAGGCGCCGUCGAAUGCAUGCCGCGGGACCACGGCCUUGCCUCCGCAUAGCAACAGCAGCUCUUAUACGACUCCAGGAGCAGCAACAUGCAGUCAUGCGGCAGGGGAAUCGUACGGCAACGUGCUGUUGAUACUGGACGAGCGGGCGCAUGUGGGGACGCUGUGGGCUGCACUGGGGGGGAUGCAUGCCGGGGCGCAGGAGGCGGCGGAGGCGGCAGCGGUGUUGCCGCCGCGUGUGCGUGUGUCGCCGGGCGGGCUGUCCGUGUUGGAGUUCUCGGGUGACCCGCGGGUCACUCCUGCGACCGUGCGGUGUAUUAACAACACGGCUCACCUGAAGGGGGCUGCGUAGGUUGGGUGGGGGGUUCUGGGGUGCCUGUACUUGUUAGGGUCUGUUAUUGCCGCAACGGGUCUGCGCAAUGUUGUAAUCUUGCAAAGCAUGAUACCGUGGGCCUGGAGGUACGGGUUGAAGAGGGCUAGCGUGCCGUGGCUAACAAGCGUCAUGGAGAGAGCUACAUCAUCAAGUGGGCGGCGACCAGACACUGCAGCAGUACCGGGUUCAGGGGAAACAUGGCAUAACCGUGCAGCACACAGGGAACAUGGCGAGAGGGGUGAGGACUAGGGAGGCAGACUUGAAACUUGGCGGGAACCCGGGGCUCCCACGCCG